GUGUGCCGUUGGUUGGCAAUCUGCGGACGAGGCUGCUUGCCCUCCAUGUCCUGGAGGCUGUGCUCCCUGCCUGUGAGUCGGGCGUUGAAGAUGACCAAAUGGCUCAGGUUGUUGAACGACUGUUCUCACUUCUGUCUGACUGCAUGUGGGAGACUCCAAUAGCUCAGGCUAAACAUGCGAUUCAAAUGAAGGAGAAAGAGCAAGAAAUGAAGCUGCAGAAGCAAGGAGAGUCUGAAGAUGAAGAUGAGAAUCUUCCCAUACAGGAAGUGUCCUUUGAUCCUGAAAAAGCUCAAUGCUGCAUAGUGGAGAAUGGGCAGAUUCUGACUCAUGGAAGUGGAGGCAAAGGAUAUGGUUUAGCAUCCACUGGAGUUACUUCUGGGUGUUACCAGUGGAAGUUCUACAUUGUGAAGGAGAACCGAGGCAACGAAGGCACAUGUGUGGGAGUCUCUCGCUGGCCAGUGCACGACUUUAACCAUCGCACCACCUCGGAUAUGUGGCUGUACAGAGCCUACAGUGGCAACCUCUAUCACAAUGGGGAGCAAACUCUGACUCUGUCAAGCUUUACUCAAGGAGAUUUCAUCACAUGUGUGUUAGAUAUGGAAGCGAGAACUAUUUCCUUCGGUAAAAAUGGAGAGGAGCCAAAAUUAGCUUUUGAAGAUGUGGAUGCUGCUGAGUUAUACCCGUGCGUUAUGUUCUACAGCAGUAAUCCAGGAGAGAAGGUGAAAAUCUGUGAUAUGCAGAUGCGUGGGACACCCAGAGAUUUGCUACCUGGAGACCCAAUCUGUUCUCCUGUUGCUGCAGUGCUGGCAGAAGCCACUAUCCAACUCAUUCGUAUCCUUCAUCGCACAGACCGUUGGACACAUUGCAUUAACAAAAAAAUGAUGGAAAGACUGAAUAAAAUCAAAACGUGUCUUAAAGAAGCAGGCCAGAAGCUGAAGAAAAGUCGCUCAGUUCAAAGCCGCGAAGAGAAUGAGGUGAGGGAGGAGAAAGAAAAUAAAGAGGAGGAGAAAAGCAAGCACAGUCGGCAUGGUCUGGCUGAUCUUUCAGAGCUGCAGCUGAAGAUGCUUUGCACAGAAGUGUGGCCUGUUCUGGCAGUCAUCGGUGGGGUGGAUGCUGGUCUCAGAGUGGGAGGUCGGUGUGUCCACAAGCAAACUGGACGUCACGCCACCUUGCUUGGAGUAGUGAAGGAAGGCAGCACCUCUGCCAAGGUCCAGUGGGAUGAAGCAGAGAUUACCAUCAGUGAUACUCCAUUGUAUAAUCUGGAGCCCUGUGAACCACUGCCUUUUGAUGUUGCAAGAUUUCGUGGGCUGACAGCUGCUGUAUUGCUGGACCUUACCUAUCUGACUGGCAUUCAUGAAGACAUGGGAAAGCAAAGCACCAAGAGACACGAGAAAAAACACAGACAUGAAUCUGAGGAGAAAGGGGAAACGGAGCAGAGAACGGAGGGUGACGUCGCAUCGGACGCACGUGUAGGACAGAGCGCCGACGAUAGCAAAGGACACGGCGCUACCGGCUCCAAGUCAGAAAAUGAAAUUGUUUCCUUUUCUUUAGAACCGUCAGCACUAGGUAUGGAGUCCCAACACCAACCUGGUGAAGGAAGGAAAAAGAAUCACGAACAUACUCCAAGAAACCAUGAUAUAGUGCAGUCAGAAAUCAGAGCUGUACAGCUGUCUUACCUUUAUCUUGGUGCUAUGAAGUCACUGAGUGUUCUUCUCAGUUGUAGUAAAUAUGCUGAACUGCUGCUGAUACCAAAGGUCCUGGCCGAGAAUGGCCACAACUCUGACUGUGCUGGCUCCCCAGUGGUGGCUGAGGACGUGGAGCUGCGCGCGGCCCUGCAGUUCCUGAUGCGGCACAUGGUGAAGCGCGCGGUCAUGCGCUCGCCCAUCAAACGCGCGCUGGGGCUGGCGGACCUGGAGCGGGCGCAGGCCAUGAUCUACAAACUGGUGGUGCACGGGCUGCUGGAGGACCAGUUUGGGAGCAGGCUCAAACAAGAAGUGGAACAACAAGUGGAAGAAGGUGAUCAGACUCAGCAAGCCCAAACACCGGUUACGACCAGCCCCUCUGCAUCUAGCACAACAUCUUUCAUGAGCAGCUCUCUGGAGGACACUACCACUGCUACUACUCCCGUGACUGACACGGAAACAGUUCCAGCAUCAGAAUCCCCUGGUGUUAUGCCUCUCAGCCUUCUCAGACAAAUGUUCUCCAGUUAUCCUACUACAACUGUGCUUCCAGCACGACGUGCUCAGACUCCUCCAAUAUCUUCUUUACCAACAUCUCCUUCAGAUGAAGUUGGUAGGAGACAAAGUUUGACUUCUCCUGAUUCCCAGUCUGCCAGGCCUGCCAAUCGGACAGGUGCCAGGGGAGAAGCAGAUGCACAGAAUAUCACAGUCCUGGCCAUGUGGAUGAUAGAGCACCCUGGAAAUGAAGAUGAUGAAGAGCCCCAGUCCGAAGGGACUGCGGAUUCACGGCAUGGGACAAUUGUCUCUGGAAGUGGUGGGAAAUCUGGUGACCAUUGUUACUUGCAGUCUCCAGGUGAUAUCCCUUCUGCUGAUGCCACUGAAAUGGAGGAAGGCUUUAGUGAAAGCCCUGAUAAUAUGGACCAUGUGGAUAAUGCAGCUGCAGCCAGUGGUGCUCCCUCGCGGAGCCGCUCGGCCGUGGCCAGGAGACACAAGUUCGACCUGGCGGCCAGGACACUGCUGGCCCGAGCAGCGGGUCUGUACCGCUCGGUGCAGGCCCACAGGAGCCAGAGCCGCAGGGAGGGGAUAGCGCUGCAGCAGGACCCAGGGGCACUCUAUGACUUCAACCUGGAUGAGGAGCUGGAGAUUGACCUCGAUGAUGAAGCAAUGGAAGCUAUGUUUGGGCAAGACCUGGCUAGUGAUAAUGAUAUUCUGGGAAUGUGGAUCCCAGAGCAUGUUUGUGAGUCUGAAGACAGAGAAGAAGUAGUGGUUUGUGAACUGUGUGAGUCCAGUGUUGUCAGCUUCAACCAGCACAUGAAGAGGAACCACCCUGGCUGUGGCCGCAGCGCCAAUCGCCAGGGCUACCGCAGCAACGGCUCCUACGUGGACGGCUGGUUCGGGGGCGAGUGUGGCAGUGGAAAUCCCUACUACCUCUUGUGUGGCAUCUGCAGAGAGAAAUACUUAGCCCUGAAGAGCAAAUCUAAAACAUCGACUUCUGAAAGGUACAAAGGCCAAGCUCCUGAUUUAAUAGGCAAACAGGACAGUGUCUAUGAAGAAGACUGGGAUAUGUUGGAUGUAGAUGAAGAUGAAAAGCUGACAGGAGAAGAGGAAUUUGAAUUACUGGCUGGACCUCUUGGGUUAAAUGAUCGACGCAUUGUACCCGAACCCGUGCAGUUCCCCGACAGUGACCCCCUGGGUGCUUCAGUUGCAAUGGUGACAGCCACCAACAGCAUGGAGGAAACACUGAUGCAAAUAGGCUGUCACGGCUCAAUAGAAAAGAGUUCUUCUGGCAGGAUAACACUAGGAGAACAAGCAGCUGCCCUAGUAAAUCCGCACGACCGUGUCAUGGCUCUGAGAAGAGUGACAGCUGCUGCUCAAGUCCUCCUGGCAAGAACUAUGGUGAUGAGAGCACUCUCACUCCUGUCUGUCAGUGGCUCCAGCUGCAGCCUGGCGGCAGGUCUGGAGUCCCUGGGGCUGACCGACAUCCGGACGCUG